AUGGUGCACAUCCAACCAGGUCACCCCACAAGGUCAACCCAGCAGGCCGCUCACCAUGUCACCCCACCAGGUCACCCCACCAGGUCAACCCACCAGGUCACCCACCAGGUCACCACACCAGGUCAUCCCACCAGGUCACCCCACCAGGUCAUCUCACAGGUCAACCCACCAGGUCAACACACCAGGUCAACACACCAGGUCACCCCACCAGGUCAACCCACCAGGUCAUCCCACCAGAUCACCCCACCAGGUCAUCUCACAGGUCAACCCACCAGGUCAUCCCACCAGGUCACCCCACCAGGUCAACCCACCAGGUCAACCCACCAGGUCACCCCACCAGGUCAACACACCAGGUCACCCCACCAGGUCAACCCACCAGGUCACCCCACCAGGUCAACACACCAGGUCACCCCACCAGGUCAACCCACCAGGUCACCCCACCAGGUCAACACACCAGGUCACCCCACCAGGUCAACCCACCAGGUCAACCCACCAGGUCAACCCACCAGGUCAACCCACCAGGUCACCCCACAAGGUCACCCCACCAGGUCAUCUCACAGGUCAACCCACCAGGUCUACACCAGGUCAUCUCAAAGGUCAACCCACCAGGUCACCCCAAUAGGUCAACACACCAGGUCAACACACCAGGUCAACACACCAGGUCAUCUCACAGGUCAACCCACCAGGUCACCCCACCAGGUCACCCCACCAGGUCACCUCACCAGGUCAUCUCACAGGUCAACCCACCAGGUCAACCCACCAGGUCAGCUCACAGGUCAACCCACCAGGUCAACACACCAGGUCAACACACCAGGUCAACACACCAGGUCAACACACCAGGUCACCCCACCAGGUCAACACACCUGGUCAACACACCAGGUCAACCCACCAGGUCACCCCACCAGGUAA